CUUGGUGGCUUUAUCUUGACAUGGCUCCUACCCGUGCUGCUAGCAGCGCCGCCGCCACCACCACAGCCUCCACUGCUCCGCCCGCGCCCGCCGGCUGCGGAUAGCGAGCCCAGGCCAGGCCGCCCUCUCCGCUCCGCGCUCUCUCGCCGCCUGCGCCUCCCGCCGAGGUGACAGAAUUUUUUUUUUAAAAGGAGAGAAAUUAAACUUUUUUUUUUCGUUUCUAUGAGGGAAAGUUGAAAGAGGUGGAGGAGAUUUGGCUUAUUUUAUUUAUUUAUUUUAAAAAAAGUCGAACUCCUGUCCGAACCAAUUCCGAAAGGGACGGGCGGGGGAGUCUCCCCCCCCCCCCCAUCCCCCCCUUUUUUAAAUGAUUUGAUUCGACUCAAAAGCCCCAACGGCUAUUUUGGCUUCUCUUAAUUUUUUUCUCUCUCUCUCUCUCCCCCUUUUGCAAUUGAGAACUUCUGGCCUCCCUCCUCCGUGCUUUCCCCUUUUCCAAAAGGAGGAAAAUUGGAGCCAACUGAAUGCGAGAAAAAGUCCCCGGGACUGUGGGUUGAGUCCCCUUCCCUCCCCCUUGCGCUGAGCACAGGCCCUUCUCUUCCUCCUCCUCAGGUCGGUUAAAGGGAGAGAGAGGGAGGAAACAACGCCGAGGAGGCGACAUCGCACCAGCCAUGCCCAGCCCCAACUAAACAAGUGGCCGUUGCGGCGGCGGCGGUGGCGGAGAAAGGAGGAUAGUUGAUGGGGGAUAGACAGCAAUUGGAGUAUGUAGGUCUCUUCCCCUGCCGAGGGGACUGCUAGAUAGCCUGGAGAUCUUUAGGCCGGCUACUCCCUUUUUGGCUUCCCUUUUAAGCUUUGAUUGAUGGCCACCAUGAUCCCCGUUUUCUCUAACACAGGCGGCCUCGGGGCGACGGCCGGGUGCCUGAUUGUGAGCGUGAUGAAGUUAGAAAUGACUCUGCUGUUUUCCAAACUUCUUGCUCUUCGGCAAACCAGCACUGUGUUGUCUGCUGUUGAUGAUUUUGUUAGUAGGGAAACGUCUUGCCUCCCGGGACAUCCACUCCUCUUCUGCACUCCUUCCUUUGCUUUUUCCCAAGUCUAAUCAUCAGUGAAAAUUAAGCAGGCAGUAUAGCAAUAGCAGCAAUCUUGGUAAUAAUAAUCGGCAGAGUCAUGAACCUGGGUGUGAUAGAGUACUGUCUUUAAUUUCAGGUUUUUUGUUUGGGUUUUUUGGGGGGAGCUUGGGGCAAAGAAACAACACCCAAAUGGAUUGGGUCCAUCCCCUUUAUUCCUUUUUUUUAUGCAUAUAAAUUGUGAUAAGAUUUUUCUCCUGUUCUUGCCCCUUUAUUCCUGUGGUUUAAACUGUAUAUCAGUGUAUUUUCUUCAAAAAAAAAAAAAUCUUUUUGGUAAUAUGUGCAAACCCUUUGUCCAGUAAUGGUUGGACAACUACUUACUUUGUUUUAUGACCCCUCUAGUAAGACAGUCUUGUAAAACAAUUGCCUGAGGUGCACUUUUGGGGUUUGCCUCUGUUUUAUUGAUUCAGUGGUAUAAGCAGGAAUAAAAUGACUUGUUUCUGUUGCACUUGAGUCUUAUGAAAAAAGGGCCCACAGUUUAGUGACAGUUUCCAAAGGCUUUUGUACCAUCUGUAUUAUAAAAUGGGGGACCCAAACUCCCGGAAGAAACAAGCUCUGAACAGACUUCGGGCUCAGCUUAAAAAGAAAAAAGAAUCUCUAGCUGACCAGUUUGAUUUCAAGAUGUAUAUUGCCUUUGUAUUCAAAGACAAGAGAAAAAAGUCAGCACUCUUUGAAGUGUCUGAAGUGAUACCAGUUAUGACCAAUAAUUAUGAAGAAAAUAUCCUGAAAGGUGUGCGAGAUUCCAGUUAUUCCUUGGAAAGUUCCAUUGAGCUUCUUCAAAAGGACAUUGUACAGUUACAUGCACCACGCUAUCAGUCUAUGCGCAGGGAUGUGAUUGGCUGUACGCAGGAGAUGGACUUCAUACUUUGGCCUCGGAAUGAUAUUGAGAAGAUAGUCUGUCUUCUGUUUUCUAGAUGGAAGGGAUCAGAUGAUGAGCCCUUUAGGCCUGUUCAGGCCAGGUUUGAAUUUCAUCAUGGUGACUAUGAAAAACAGUUUCUGCAUGUACUGAGCCGAAAGGACAAGACUGGAAUUGUUAUCAACAACCCUAACCAGUCAGUGUUUCUUUUCAUUGACAGACAGCACUUGCAGACUCCAAAAAACAAAGCAACAAUCUUCAAGUUAUGCAGCAUCUGCCUGUAUCUGCCACAGGAGCAACUCACCCACUGGGCGGUUGGUACUAUAGAGGAUCACCUCCGCCCAUACAUGCCAGAAUAGGGUUCUGGCCAGCAAAAUGGGGAAAAUCACAGAUUGCAGGAGUGUAGUUUCCACUUUCCUCGCCAUUUAUUCUUUCGGAAUAGAAGAAAAUGGACACAUGCUCAGAACACUAUCCAUCGUGAACCUUGAUCAUCCUGGAUUAUUUUCUGUUAUCAUUUGUAUCUCAGAACUUUUUUUUAAGAUGUUUUCUGCAUGGACUUUAUGAAAGAGAAUGCUCUGCAUAUUUCUGCAUUGCAUGAGCAUCUUACCAAAAUGUGAAAUGAAGGGACUGUUACACACUGAAAGAAAUGUUAUCUGAGAGCACAAAGCGAUCAUUUAUGGUGGUAUGUCCAUUUGUGCUGGUCAUGUCCCCUGUUUCAGUAUUCAUAGGGUGAAAAGUGAAUGUAAGGGUGUAAAAGCCUUCUAAGCGUUGCUUUUAACAUGAUUGUAUCAGAGCUGUGUCAGACUCAUUCUGAUGAUAAGUUCUCUGGCUUGCUACAGUAGAUGGCUUACUAUGGGAAAGAAAUCGUUUAAGGAAGAAAAGCAUCUCAUUCAUUGUAGGCAUUAAUUGCCUCUCAUAUUUUACUUGGCCAUGUUUGAGUUUACUAGCAUUCUCAUUUUUUGGAUCUCUUUCCCCAGUUUGCUGUAUAACUAAAUGUAGAGUGUUCUGUUAAGUUGAGUACAUUUUACAGACCUGGGGUCUGAAGUAGCCUAAAGCAGCUACAUUAAAAAUAGCAGCUGCAGAAACAAUGUUGGCAGAGGAUUGCUUUUUUCCCCCUGAGAGUUGACUUGUAAAAUGGCUGGUGAACUGAGUAGGAAAUACUGGUUUCCAAAACAUUUCUGACAUGGAAAACCCUCUGAGGUUCGGUGGGGUGGGGUGGGGUUGGGGGAGGAAUAAGAUCAAAAGCAUUUGUGGAUUUAAUUGUAAAAUAUUGUUUGGAGUGUCAAAGUUGGUUUUGACAGAACAUAUUUUGUUUAAGAUUGUGCAAUGAACAUAAGAAAGACUACUGUAUAGUUUUGGCAAAGAACACUUUGCUUAUGGGUUGAAUAAUUUUACUGAAGUAAAUCUGUAUAAGCCAACUCCCUUUGGGUAAAUCUAGUGCUUAUCUGUUUAAAAUUUGUAUUUAGCUUUUGUUUGGAAUUGGAACAAAUGAAAAUAAACAAAUUAGUUGAACAUUUA